AUGGCAUGGAAUUGUAGGGGGUUGAACUCAUCGGAUGACCCUACAAUUCCAUUUUUGCUCUGGACCAUCCGAAAAUUUUCUGUUAAAGUGCUCUUUCUAAUGGAAACUAAGGCUAAUUGUAAUGUUAUUAGUAAAGUAGCUAGAAUGCUUAAUUUCGGAAAAUAUGACUAUGUAGAAGCACCUAACUAUGUAGGUGGAUUAGCAAUUUUUUUGUGCCCUUUUGUGAAGCUCUCAGUUGUGAAAAAGUCCACAAAUUUUAUACUUUGUAAAGUGGCAGAUGUAAUUGGGCAAGUAUUAUAUGAAUGGGAUUUACUUUUGUUUUAUGGUUCGCCUUACAUUGAAAUUAGGGAGAGAGUAUGGAAUUCAGUAGAUGAAGUUUUAAAUAUCACAUGUGGUAGAAUGCUUAUGUUAGGGGAUUUUAACCAAGUUGAAUACCACAGUCAGAAAUUAGGUGGAUCUCAAAAUAUUCUGGGAAAGGAGAAAUUUAUGUUAUGGAGGCAAAAAUGGAAACUAGUUGAUAUCCCAUUCCAUGGAGUUAAUUUUACAUGGUGCAACAAUAGAACUGAUAAAGAGUGUAUAUAUGAAAGAUUAGAUAGAGGAUAUGCGACAGAUGAAUGGUAUCAAAUAUUUCCAGAAGCUAGCAUCCUAAACUUGCCAAUUCUUGUUUCUGAUCAUUCCCCCAUCAUUUUGGAGACAGUAACUGAUAAAAAGAAAAAAGGUAGAGUAAGGAAAAUUAAAAGUUGGUGCCUAGACAUGGAUAAACCAAAGGAGAUUGUGGCUAUUAAUUGGAAAGUAGAAUUAGAUGGAUCCCCUAUGUAUAAGUGUUAUAGGAAACUUCAACAAAUUAAAUAUGACAUGUUUUCAUGGUGCAAAGAAUUUCAGAUGGCUAAUAAUAUAAUUUGGGAUGAUUUAAUGGAUAUUUGUGAUAACAAUCAACGGCAAUUGCAAAAGUAUACUCAUCACAACAUUUGGGAAAAUAUAAGGCAAGAAAGGAAAACAAGGGAAGAAUGUUUUGAUAAAGCACUCAUCAAGUUAGCCUAUUGGAAACAAAGAGCCAAGGGCAAGUGGACUGCUUUGGGAGAUAGUAACACAUCCUUCUUUUUUAGAUGUGCUAAACAGAGGAAAACCAGAAAUGCAAUUAAAAUGAUUCAAAGUGAUGAUGGUAAUCGGGUGUCGGAUUCAGAUGGGAUAAAGGAUGUUAUUUGUAAGUAUUUUAAGAAUUUGUUCAAAGCAGAUGAAUGUGUGGAGUCCAUGAGAAUUCCUGAUGAAGUAAGAAAUUUAAUUCCAAAAUUAGAUAGCCAACAAAUUGCUAGAUUGGAUGAAAACUUCACUGAGCAAGAUGUUAAAACAGCGGUGUUUCAAAUUGGUGGAUUGAAGGCUCCAGGCCCUGAUGGUAUUCCUGCCAUUUUCUAUCACAAAGCUUGGGAAAUCAUAGGAAAAGACAUAACAGAAGCUGUUUUGUAUGUCUUUAGGACAGGAUUUAUACUUAGAGAAUGGAAUCAGACGUUAAUAGCCCUCAUACCAAAAGUAGAAAGUCCAGAAAAAGCGGCUCAAUUUCGCCCUAUCAGUUUAUGCAAUGUUAUUUAUAAAAUAAUAUCCAAAUGCAUCACAAACAGAUUGAAAGUUAUCAUGCAGCAAAUUGUUGGACCUUUUCAGAAUGCUUUUGUGCCUAAGAGAUACAUGGGAGACAAUUGCCUUCUUGCGCAUGAGAUCAUGACAUACAUAAAAAGGAAAAAGAAAGGAUUAGAGAGAUAUGCAAUUCUGAAGGUUGACAUGAACAAAGAUAUGACAGGGUAA